UGUUUUUCCCUUGCACCUUGAAGGCAUCACUUCACCGCAAGAGGCGGGAAGGUGACCGCGUCACCUGGAAAGUCCAUCAUUUACAUAAUUGGGCUCGGUUCGCCAGUUCGGUUCUCCUGAAAACACUUAGCGAACCGUCUCGGUAAUAUUUUCUAUCUUGUAGAAAAAUGUCAAUUUGAAUUCCCAUUUCCGUGACGUAGCCGUACAACGCGUUUCAUGCAAAGUCUCGUGAUUUAGCUUAAUUGGAAGUAUUAGCUAACAUUUCAAAGUCGGCCAUUGUUUGAAAUUAGCUAACAUAACCGAACUUGGUGGAAAACUAGCCAGUUGGGUUGAUAAAGACUUUUCACUUUGAUAAUUGAGUUAAAAUAUGUAUUUCGGCGCACCUGCCAAUAGCAGCGUGGUUCAUGGUAGCUAACGGUAUCGGUGCAUUAGCGAAGACACAAAGAAGAAGUUAUGGCGACUGAUAAAGACCCAAACGGCUUGGUGCGAGAAGGAGAGCCUGCCGUUCAAGCGAAGCCUCAACAGGUCCCGGCCAAGUGCGCCCACCAAGUUGUCUCCGCUGCAUCUCUCGUGGCCCCUCAGGCGUCGGCCCCCGCCGUCACGGUGGUGGCCAAGUUGGCCAAACCCAUUGGGGCGAGCGCCCAUGCGCCCAAACCGGUUCUGGGCCAGGUCGCCAACAUCAAACCGACUACGGCCCCUGGGAGAACGGUGUUGAUAACUGUGCCAAGGUCGAGCGGACCGCCCAUGACGCACUUACCCACCAACAUUCAGAUUCCAGCAGGUAUGGUGCUGAUUCGCAGUGAGAGCGGUCAAUUGAUGCUAAUGUCCCAGCAGGCUUUGACCCAAGCUCAGCAGGGAGCGAGACUCGGCACCGGCCCGGCGACUGGAACCUCGGCACCUCCGGCGCCGACGGCGGUGAGCCGAGGCAAUGAGAAGGCGACGGCUCCUCCCGCUUUCCAGCCGCCAGCUAAUCAGAAAACUGCAACUGUCAAGGUGCUUGCAGUGACUCCGAAGUCGGCCGCUCCUCGCGUGGCGACGGAACCCCGGGCUCAGAUUCGGCCGGUUGCCGUGGAAACGAAGGAGCCCAAACCACUGUAUAGUCAGGAGACGCUGGAGAGUGUGAAGAAGUGCAAGAACUUCCUGGUGACCCUGAUGAAGCUGGCGUCCAGCGACUCCAAAUCGGCCGACAUGGCCAACAACGUGCGCGGCCUGGUUAGGAGUCUGCUGGAAGGCGAGCUGGAGGCGGAGGAGUUCACUGAGGCGCUUUACCAGGCGCUCAAGUCCACACCACAGCCAUGCUUGGUGCCGUUCCUCAAGAAAAGUCUCCCAGCGGUGCGUCGUCUCACGGCGGACCCCCAAGUCUUCAUUCAGCAGGCCUGCGGCCCUGCUGUGAACAAGCCCGGCUUGGAACGGGCGCCUCGUCCGAGACCCUUCUCUCAGCAGGCAAGCAGCACCAGCGUGUCAGCCCAGUCCCGAAUUUUGACCUCGAACUCUAAGAGCACCACUGUGCAGACGGUGAAAAAAUUCACAGGAGGAGGAUUCGCCAUAAAACAGCCUUUUUCUCCAGAUCUACCACGUUCCACCAAACCUGCCAUCAGGGAAAUUUCAACCUCAUACAACCUGUUGUCCUCUGCCGGCAGGGAAGAUGACGACAUCAACGAUGUCCCGUCCAUGGCGGGCGUCAACCUGCGUGAGGAGAACGCUCGGAACCUGACAGGCGCGGUGGGCUCGGUGGUGCAGUCGUGCCAGGAUCAGCUCUUCCUGUCGCCCGGUCCCGCUCUGGGGCGCAUGCUGUGCACAGGUCGUCCCCUGGGGGUGACUGAGGUGGUCCCGGAAGCGGUGGCUUUGGUGUCGCACGCCACGCAGGAGUGUCUCCGCAGCCUCCUGGAAAGGGUGACCGUCGUGGCGGAGCACCGCAAGGUGGCGCUGAAGGAGGACCGCUGGCACGACCAAGUGAGCGACACGCGCUCGCAGCUCCGUUUCCUGGAGGAGGUGGAGGCGUUGAAAAAGAAGAGGAAAGACUUAGAGGAGCGGGAGUGGAUCAUGCGCUUGGCCAGGAGUCGCUCCCACGCCGAAGAUCCGCUGCAGCAGUUGCUCAAGCGGCGAGUCAAAGAGAUGCAACAGAAGGAAGAAGCUCAAGCCAUGCAGCGAGACGCCAACCUCGCCGCGCUGGCGGCCAUCGGCCCGAGGAAGAAGAGACCGUUCGGCCAGCCCGAAGGACAGGUGUCGUCGGCGCCCCGGCAGGCCGCCCGUCGCCCGACUCGGGUGAUCCUGCGAGAUCUGGUGCAGUGCAUGGAACACGAUCGCUUGCUCCGACACUCGCUGGCGCUCUACAAAGCCAUGCUCUGACUCGUCCAUCGUUUUCUACUUGUUGUGUUGCCUUGCCCUCCCAUCAGUUUGUUUCAUUAAAAAAAUAAAAAUGUGCAUAAGGGUUUCGCGGUGGACUUCCUGUCACGUGA